AUGCCUGCACCAGGAGAUCAAUAUCGUGACAAUCACGCCACCGUCAAUCCAUUUGCCGACCAACAGACACGCAUAUCAGAAUACACCGCCCAGGAGAUCGCCACAUUGCAAUGUCGACUCGACAGACAGCUAGGGCCAGAGUUCAUUUCCACUCGUCCUGGAAACGGAGGAGGAAAGGUACACUAUCUUGCCGCCGAAAAAGUCAUCAACCUGGCGAAUGAGGUGUUUGGAUUCAACGGAUGGAGCUCUGCGAUACAAAAUGUGCAGAUUGAUUUUGUGGACGAGAACACAACCACGGGAAGAGUCAACCUUGGCUUGUCGACGAUCGUGCGCGUGACCUUACGCGAUGGCACUUAUCACGAAGAUAUCGGUUAUGGACAUUGCGAGAACACUAAGGGCAAGGCUGCAGCCUUUGAAAAAGCAAAGAAGGAAGCCGCAACGGAUGCCAUGAAGCGCGCUUUACGGAAUUUCGGGAAUGUGCUCGGAAAUUGUCUUUAUGACAAGGAUUAUCUGCAAAAGAUUACAAAGGUCAAGGUCGCGCCGUCAAGAUGGGACGCAAGUAACCUGCAUCGCCAUCCAGACUAUGCGCCCGUGAAACCCGAAGCAAUUGUGGACGGACGUUCCGCGCAGGCGCGGGCAGUCGCGGCGCACAGGAACGUGAGCGUCCAAUCUAACAAUUCGCUCCCAUCGGAGAUCGAGGACGAAUUUGGCGAAAAUGUUUUUGAUGACGGGACUGAAUAUACUCAUCCCGAUGAGGUACGACUAGAUGAAGCUCCUACGGUGGAGCCGACUGUUGCAACGCGCGCUGUGCCUCAUGUACGACCAGCGGAGAUUCCUCGACAAAAUGCUGUUCCACAGAUGGCUGCUCAAACACGGCCGUCAAAUGCCACAAGACCGUCACUAGGCACGCUACAAUCUGGUGGACGAGGACAACCGCCACAAACGCCAGGUCAGCCAGGUCGACAGCAAAUGGCAGGCCAUGCAGUGGCACAAAUGGAUGUUGACGGGACAAGAUCGAAUCAAUCGUCCGGAAACGCAAUCGAUUCGCCUUCGCACCAUGCUGCGGCGGCGAGGAAGGGUGUUGAUGGCAGUGCUUCGUUUCAUGUCACGAAUAUCGCCCUUUCUGAAGUGCAAGAGCAACCCGUGCCUCGAGGUAACCCUGGUGGUUUCGUCGCGGCGAAGCAGGCAGAUCUGCUCAACAAUCCAUCUGCUGUCCGUGCUCCGAUCGAGUCGAUAGCUUUCAACCCGCACGCUGAAAGCCCGUCAAUACGACGAACGCAAGGUAUCAAUCCUGGAAAGUCAGUGCCCAUCAGUCGUCACCAGAUUCAGAACGGAGCUGGCUCUGCUCCGGCAAUGCCCCCGAACCCGUCGGCAGGAUUGGUUGGCGGAGCAUCUGCUAUGCAGGGAAACUCAACAAAAUCCCCAGGCGCCUACCACGUCAAUCUUGUACCCGAUACGAGCCGGCGGGUCGGUAUGCCACCGCCAGGAGGGGGCGGAGGAGGCAUUCAGAGCCGCGGAGGAUACCGGCCACCCACAGCAUUGAAACGACCUGCGAUGACAGAUGUGACGAAUUUACCACAAACUGAUGGGCAUGCCGAUUCGAAGAAGGCGAAAACUGACGGCGUUGACCCAGGUUUGGGGAAUGAACAAACAUCGAUGCCCGUAGCGCAUGAGGUGCCACCUUGA